CGACCGCCACCACUGCCCACAACCCUUUGUUGCGUGUUCGGCGAACUGCUCGCGUUCUGUCCGAACAACUCAGCGAUUUGGACAACAACGGGCUGCAACUUCGCAAGGGUCGUCUAUCGCGCCCUGGAGAAAACGGGAGUGGGCUAACUUUCGUGCACGCUGUAACACGCGUCCGCCGGCCUUGAGCAAGCUCUGGCGCCAGAAAUCUCGGCGUCUUUGUAUCUGCCGAGCUCGUCACGACCUUUCUGAGUGCACAGCACGUAGGCUGAGUGCCAUGUCGUCGCAACAACCGCCCUACCCGCAAGCAGGGCCGUCAACGAAUCCCUACUAUCCUCCGCCGCCAUUGCCAUAUGGAUACGUUCCCAACCCAUAUGCGUACUAUGCCCCACCACCUCCAGAUAUGACAGGACCACCCCCGCACUCGCCGGGUCGCAUUCACGGACGCGGUGGCUACCGCGGCGGUGCACCAGGCUACCAACGUUACUCCUCGCAAACACACGGACAACACUUGCCGCACCAGCACCAGCACCAGCACCCGCCACCGUACCUUCCUGUACCUCAACAAGGCCGUGUGCCUCACUAUCAGCACAAGUACCCCCACCCGCAACAAGUGUCACCUAUCCCAGCCCCGUACUCCCCGACCGUCGCGCCAUAUCCCGCCCCGAACGGCGCUCCUUACCCGCAUCAUCCACACACGCCUAUCCAGCAAAACGGCAGCCCGUACUGGGCGGCGCACAACGUAUCCCAGCAACCCCUGUCGCCUUUACCAAAGCAACUCUCUAUGCUUCCUCCAGUAUCGUCGCCCCAGACUUCCUCCCCUCGCUUAUUCCAACCCGUUGAACCGACCACUAAUCCAACCGUGACACCAGUUGCUGGCGAAUCCUCGGCGUCAAUCCCGUCGCCACUGUCCGGAAAUGAGGCGUCUCAGGCUGCAUCCGCUCCCAAUCAGCCAGGGAUUGGCCCCGAAGAUGCAGUCAUGCAACCUGACCCUCCGCCGCCUUCAGAACCGGAUAUUGAAGCGGCGCCUCCGCCGCCAGAGGCGGAGGACGCUCCCGAGGCGCAGCCAUCGCCGCCUCCACCCGGUUCUCCCGACGUUCCUGAUUCUCCGCAACAGAACCAUGUCCAACUUCGGUCUACACUCCCUGCUGCGGACGAACAAUCGCCGAAUCCCGACAUCGGUGGUUGGGUGCUCUGGUCUAGGCGGCCUACGGAUCCGACCUCCGCUCCCGGCAUUAUCAUCUCUCCUCGAGCCCGCCCACCCCCGGUUGUGGUUGAGAAGGCCCUCACCUCGCGCACGCCCCCUCUGACUCCUGUGGUUGCUGAAGCUCCGCAGUUUAGGACAGCCCACGCCAUUCAGGGUCCGGCUCUUGCGCAAGACGAUGUUUUAACUGAUGUCAAUACUACUGUGGUCCCCGUCCGCGGAAAGUUCACACCGAAGGAUGCCUCUCCCAAUCUGCCCUCGUCGAGCGCUACUGAGACGGAGGCAACAGCUACGACGCCCGCCUCUCCCGUAUCAACCGCCACUUCUGUUUCUCAGGCACCCGCCGCGCAGAGCAAGGAUAUUUCCGACCCCGCUGCUCCCUCAGCCCAAACCAGCGAGAAUGAUUCCCCGCCCAAACUCUCCGAGACCCCCGCCGCUCCUGAUCCGUCUUCUGGAAUAUCUACUCCCGCUCCUGCAGCAGCUCCUCCUAAGCCCAAGCCCUCUUCCUGGGCAUCUCUACUCCGCCCCGCUGCUGAUGCCUCCGGUAAUCGCAGGCCCGGUACCCUUCCCACGUCAUCCGUAGUUGGGUUUUCCAUCCCGGCCUCUGCGCUGUCUUCUUCUGGCUCUGCGCACGGAUCUCCGUCAUCGUCUCCCUAUGCGGCUCACAAACCCGCGCUUCUGGCUCUGCUCAACGGCAAUGCAUACGGCCCACCGUCGCCGCCCCGCAUACGGCCGAGGGGCCUGAUCAACACGGGCAACAUGUGCUUUGCAAACGCGGUGUUGCAGGUCCUCGUUUAUUGCCCACCCUUCUGGAGGUUGUUCAGGGAGCUGGGCAAAUAUUUGCCCACGACCGUUGCGUUCGACGGACCGGUCGUUGGUAAGGAGAGAGAGAAGGAGAAAGAUGAGAAGAAGAGCCCGGUGCCGCUCGUGGAAGCGACAGUUCAGUUCUUGAGCGAGUUUGUGCCGGCGGAGGAUAAGGAGGGACAUGGAAAAGACAAAGACAGGGGGAGGGAAGGUGGUAAGGGAAAGAAGAGCGGGAAGGGGAGGGAGGUGAGCAUGGACGGCGAAGACGAGGACUGGGCAAUGGAUUCGUUCAUCCCGAGCACUGUGUAUGAUGUGGUGAGAGCGACGAAAAGGUUCGGUGGAAUGACGGGUGGUCACCAAGAGGACGCAGAAGAGUUCUUUGGGUUCUACCUUGACACGCUCGAGGAAGAGCUUCUGUCCAUCCUGCACUCGAUCGCACCUGAAUUGAAUGCGGCAGCAAGCCCCGCUGUUCCGGAUGAACCUCGGGAUGUAGCUGGAUCUUCGCAGCACGAAGAUGGCUGGCUCGAGGUCGGCAAGAAGAACCGGUCGGUAGUGACGCGUACAACAAAAAGCACAGAAUCCCCGAUUACACGCUUAUUCGGUGGCAAGUUCCGUUCAACGCUACGCGCCCCCCAUCAGAAAGACUCGGUCAUUGUCGAGGAUUGGCGGGAGCUGCAGCUCGACAUCUCGCGCGAGCAAGUCCAUACGAUCGCUGAUGCGCUCGCACAUCUAUCUCACCCCCAGCCGGUGCAAAUCGCCCUGCCUACCCGCCCGGGUUAUGUGGUAGAUGCCACGCAGCACGUUCUCAUUGACGCGCUGCCGCCCAUCCUGGUAUUGCACCUGAAGCGAUUCUUGUACGAUACCAAAGUGGGCGAUGUGGUGAAGAUCGGGAAGAAGGUUGCCCUCGAACCGGAGUUGGUUAUUCCUGCUGAUAUCAUCGCUCCGACCAGAAGAGCUGGCCCACCCGCACGUUACAAGCUCUUCAGCGUGGUGUAUCAUCACGGCCUCUCCGCGUCAGGGGGUCAUUACACACUCGACGUCCUUCAUCCCAACCGCGACCUUAGCACAAAACCUCGCGAGGCCUGGAUACGUAUCGACGACGAGCUCGUCUCGGAUAUCCGCCCAGAGGACGUCUUCGGUGGUCAGGAGCGUGACGAUCGUUGCGCAUACUUGCUCUUCUACCGCAAGGUCAGCGGUGGACCACGGACAUGAUCAUGGAUAAAUGCACGGAGAAUCGGUGCACGAUCUCGAUCUCGUAAUAGUUUUUAUGCUGUCCGCUACAUUCUCGUCCCACAAUAGUUGUACUGUAGCAAUCACUUUGCCCUUCAGAUCCGCAUUAAAUCUCACAGCUCAUCCUGUUCGCCUGAUGGCCCGGAUGGAAAACACGGUCGACAACUCCACCAAAUCCGCGGCAAAUGACGAUAGAGGACAUUGCGACGUUCUCGAGCGCGUGCUAGUUCGCCGGCAUGUUAAAAAACCGAGAGUCUGAUUUUGCCCGAAAGAAACCGCACGCGUGCGCUCGUAGGAGAGUCACGCAGAGGUUGCAAGAAAUUGAGGGAAAUAACUGGGUGUCCGAGCAGACCUAGCCUUCAAAGGAGAACGAGGAUUUGGUCCGGAAACAUCAACCACUUCGAAGUUCGAAACUGCGAGAGCAGUCGCGUUUCCGCACGACGCCCAAAAGCCUAGCACUGGGCGAGGUAUUGAUUUUACUGGCAAUGCGAAUCCAUACAUAUGCCGACCCAGCUCUAUAUCCUGUCCCGCUCUAGACCGCCGCUGACUUCGGAGGACCAGUCUCCUCAGGCGGGGUCAAGUACACCUGCUGGCCACCAUGUCCGUUCUCCCACUUCUGAUACCUGAGCGCAGUGAGGCCGUGCUUCUCAGCCUUGACCCGCUCGGACUCCUUGAGGGAUUGACGCAGGGCGCGAGCCGCAAUUUGCGAGUACUUGUUGUAAGUGAAGUGCUGACGCCAGGUGGAGGCCAUGGUCGACGUCGUUGAAGUGGGG